CUUCUUCAAUUUUACACACAAAUCUCUGGUGCGAAACUCCGUUCUCCGCCCCUCUCCCCCUGGUAACUGGUAAGGUGUUAUGAAAACUGAUUUUUGAAAUUCAAACCUUCUACUUUCCAAAUUUAUGGCCUACACCGAGUAGUCUAAUCAGCAACCUGAAAAGACGCACGAUCAGUAAAUCGGUCCCAAUCCAUUGGGAUUCGAUUCUGUGCAUCCAAAUUACAAAACUUACGAGACAUGGAAAAACCAACCCAACAAUGCGAGUUCAAAAUCGGGCAGCGAGUCCAUUGGGUUGGAGACCCGCAUCGAAUCGGCACCGUAAAGUACGUGGGACCAGUCGAAGGCUAUUCCGGCGACUGGAUCGGGAUCGACUGGGACAAUCGUGACGGGGGCAAACAUGACGGGUCAGUCAAUGGUGUGCGUUACUUCAUUGCUCAGUUCCCCAAGUCAGCUUCCUUCGCUCGCCCACACAAUUUGAGCACCGGUGUUUCGCUAUUGCAGGCCCUAGAAAUUCGAUACCGAACCACUUCUACUAAAGAAGAAGAAGAUGAAAUGUACGUAUUUUCUGCCACCAACAAACGAGUCAAUGUUCAGCUGUUGGGUAAAGAAAAGAUUCAAGACAUACUGGGCCGAUUUGAGGAGUUGCCUGGUGCAUCAUUAUCGUAUUUAGGGGUUAGCUCAUCUGGAGACCCUCUUCAAAUCAGGAACACUCUACCAAAUCUAAAGGAGCUUGAUUUAACUGGAAAUCUGCUUUCUGAUUGGCAAGAUGUUGAUGGCAUCUGCAGUGGGUUGCCAGGCCUUGCAGGACUGAAUUUGACUAACAAUGAAAUGUCACAUGAUGUAAUUGCAAUAUCUCACCUAAAGAGUCUUCGGAUUUUAGUUUUAAAUAAUACUACCAUAAAUUGGUCUCAGAUUGAAGUGCUUAAAGAUUCACUCCAAGUGAUUGAAGAGCUGCAUCUAAUGGGAAAUAAGUUGAGGGAAAUAACGCCUACAUCAUCGAAUAUUGUAAAAGGGUUUGAUUCUUUGCGUCUUCUUAACUUGGAAGAUAAUCAUAUAGCUGAUUGGGGUGAAAUACUGAAGCUUUCCCAACUCAAAUGUUUGGAGCAACUUCAGUUGAAUAAGAAUAACAUAGAGCGCAUUUGGUACCCCUCAGCUACAGAUGAACCUGAUAAGCCUUUCCAAAAUUUGCAUUGCCUACUUAUUGGAGGUAAUAAAAUCCAGGAGACAUCUUCCAUUGAUGCCCUAAACUCUUAUCCUGGCUUAAUGGACAUACGGUGCUCUGACAAUCCAGUAACUGAUCCAAGCAGAGGUGGGCUUGCAAGAUUUGUUUUGAUUGCUCGUUUGGCCAAAGUAAACAUAUUAAAUGGGAGUGAGAUUACCCCUCGAGAGCGCAAAGACUCUGAGAUUCGGUAUGUACGCCUUGUAAUGUCAAAGGUGCAUCAAAAUUUGGAAGAGAUGAAGGCUCUUCACCCAAGAUUUACUGAGCUUAAAGCAUUUCAUGGGAUCGAGGACGAGAGACCUUUAAAUGGUCCAACAGGGCCUCAAAAAAUGGCUUCUGGACUUAUUGCUAUUACUCUCAAGUGUGUUGGACCAUCAAUUGCUGAAAAGCCUCCUUUAACAAAAAAACUGCCAGCAACCACCACUGUUGGAAAGCUCAAGACUCUCUGCGAGACCUUCUUUAAACUGAAAUAUAUCAAGCCAAUAUUUUAUCUUCAAGAAGAGGGCUCCCCGAUGCCUAUUUUGCUUGAUGAUGACAUGGAAUCUUUGAAUGAUGCGGGUGUCUGAAUAAACUUGUUCUUGCUCCAAUGGUUCGAGUUGGGAAUUACCAUUCAGAUUACUGGCAGCUCAAUAUGGUGCAGAUAUGGAGAGGAGAUUAUUGAUCAUAAACUACUCAAAUGUGAACGCUGCAUAAAUGAAUUUAUUGGUAGCACUGAUAUAGUGGAGAAGAGUACAAAGAAUGUUGUUUUUAGAACCUGCUGCAGAGUUAGUGACUUGGUGAGAAUUUAUGGGGAAGAAAAGUAUUAUGAAUCUGUCAACACAAAGCGAUAUGGAGUUACUUUUGGUUCACUUAAUUCAAGAGAAUAUAGUUAUGCUUAUGGGGUUUUAUUACAGACAUUCAAGACUGUAACAGAUAAAUCUCUCCCACUGUUCCACAAUCGAAUUGACUUCAGGUACCAAACUAUGGAACUGAAUCCUAUCAAAGAUGCAUUCGAUUCUGUCAUCAAAAAGCAAACUCUUUCCUCCUCAAAAAUCGAGGACACAAUCGAACAAAUCACCCAAGAAAUUCAACAAACAUUAUCAGGAAUACAAUCCGCCAUUAAUGUCCCUUCCUCUCAACCCAAGUUAAUCCUGGGUGAACUAAAAACCAAAUUGAAAGAAAUCGCUUCACUUAAUCACCUCGAAGCUACACAAAAGGAACUCAACAUCGCAAUGAGCAAAUACACUAAACUCCUCGAGAAACAAUUCUAUCCAGACAUUUCAAAGUCUUACAGAAACGUCGAUUUCGAUACCCACAUAAUCAACCAAAUAAUCGCUAGUCACUUAUAUCGUGAAAGCAUGUUUGAAAUCGGCGAUUGUUUCAUAAACGAAGCUCACGAAGAAGAAACCAUCGUCGACAAAAAAACCCAAUUCUUAGAAAUGUAUGAAAUUCUCGAAUCCAUGAAGUCGCAUGACCUAACUCCCGCUUUGAAAUGGGCCACGACUAACCACGACAAGCUCCAAAAAACCGGAUCCGACAUCGAAUUACAACUCCAUCGUUUACAAUUCUUGGAAAUUCUUCAAAAUGGUAGUCGAGAUGAAGCUCUGAAAUACGGAAGAACUCAUUUCGCCCCUUUCGCGACCCAACACUUUCACGAAAUCCAAAAGCUCAUGGCGUGUCUUCUAUGGGCCGGAAAGAUCGACUCGUCACCGUACUCGGAUCUCGUUUCCCCAACUCACUGGGCGAAACUCGCCGACGAACUCGCUCACCAGUUCUGUAAUCUGUUAGGUGAAUCGUAUGAAAGCCCUUUGAAAGUGACAGUGGCUGCCGGCGUUCAAGGGUUGCCGACUUUAUUAAAACUGAUGAAUGUGAUGACGGGGAAGAAGCAAGAAUGGCAGUCGAUGAAGCAGUUGCCGGUGCCGGUGGAUUUGGGUACGGAGUUUCAGUUUCACUCGAUAUUUGUAUGUCCGGUGAGCCGAGAGCAGGCCGGAGAAGAUAAUCCUCCGAUGUUGAUGUCAUGUGGGCACGUGCUUUGCAGACAGAGUAUUACCAAGUUAUCGAAGAACAACAGUACAAGGCCUUUUAAAUGUCCUUAUUGCCCUGCUGAGGUGGAAGUAGCUCAAUGUAAGCAGUUGUACUUUUAACGUGCAAUAAGACUUGUACCUGGUGCUUAUAUUAAGGUACCUCUUCAGCGAAGGGGAAGAAGUCGGCAUGGCAGCAGCGCAUUGCACACAUAUGAUUUCCGC